UGAACAUUAAAAAAGCCACCGGGGCUGGUAGCGGACACCUUUGGCGAACCAGGCAGCGCAGGCGGCGGCUGCUGCUGCUGCUGCUGCUGCUUGCAAAGUGAGAGAUCCUCGCCUUCCCGCCGUCUCUGCUGCUGCUGCUGCUUGUUGCUGCUUUCCCACGACCCGGGUUUGCUCUCGUUUGCUCUCGCCUCCUCCUCCUCCUCCUCCCUGUUUUACGGAUCUUUACCCGGCGCUUCAAGAGCUCCCGUCUAUAUCCGGAGCGAGGAUACCCCUUUAUUUCUUCCCUACCUGACAGGACUUUUCGGAUUUUGUCGAUUAUUCCAGUGGAUGAAAAUUCCUGUUUGUUUUGUUUGGAUUCGGGAUUGGUCCGGCGGAGAGGCGUCUGACGGCAUCGGUGAAUCGAAUGGACCACCAACCCACCCCCAGGAGCUGCAGCCGGGGGGCCCCAGCCUGCGACACUGUCCAGAGUGACCCUCCUAUGAAUGUUUUCAUUCACACGACCACCGGGGCCCGGUAUGAGCUCUCUGUCCCCGUGGAAGAGACGGUGGAAGGACUGAAGAGGAGGCUGUCUCAGAGGCUUAAAGUCCCCAAGGAGCGGCUGGCUCUCUUACAUAAAGAAAGUCGUCUGAAUUCAGGCAAGCUGCAAGAUUUGGGAGUUGGAGAAGGGAGCAAGCUGACUUUGGUACCCACGGUGGAAGCUGGCUUGAUGUCUCAAGCAUCUAGGCCCGAACAGUCGGUGAUGCAAGCAUUAGAAAGUUUAACUGAAACUCAGGUAAACGACUUCCUGUCCGGGAGGUCCCCCCUGACCCUUGCCCUGCGGGUGGGCGAUCACAUGAUGUUUGUCCAGCUACAGCUGGCGGCUCAGCAGAACAGUGGGCAGCUCCAGCACCGCCACGUGAUUGCCAGCCGCGGAGAACAAGCUGGAGGCGCCGCAGCCACCACGCCAGUGCCAGCGGCCGGACCAGCUGCCUCCAGUUGCCGCACCCUGCCUGGGAGCACUCCCGCUUCCUCCCCUACUUUUGCCCGGCUCCCCACGGCGCCCGCUUGCCCGCCAAGCCCUGUGCCCAGUCCUGCUGCUUCUCCGUCGCCAAUGCAGAAUAUGCCUCUCUACUGUACCACCGCUAACCCGACCCCCGUCACGGCAGGGAUGUUCCAUUCGCACGGGACCAGCACACAGACGGUCAACGGAGGGGGGAGCGGCAGCGUCAUGUCUCCGUGUUCAGAGGUAGACUGCGCCUCAAGAAGUAAAAGUUCGCCCAGCAGCAGCCCCACUCAGGCCUCUCGGACCCGCAAACACGGCGCUGUGAUAGAAAGCUUUGUUAACCACGCCCCUGGGGUUUUUUCGGGAACGUUUUCUGGCACUUUGCACCCCAACUGCCAAGACAGCAGUGGCCGGCCGCGCCGAGACAUCGGCACCAUCCUGCAGAUCCUCAACGACCUCCUGAGUGCCACGCGGCACUACCAGGGCAUGCCCCAGUCGCUGACACAACUGCGGUGCCAGACACAGUGCUCCUUGUCCACCCCUUCCCUGGAUCUCAACAACCACACUACCUCAGAAAGAACGGCAGCUGCUGCUAACCAGCCCUUGCACUUGGGGGUACAGUGCCCAAGCCAAGCAGCCACCUGCAAGCCCACCGGUGACCGCUUGCGGCAGACGGAGAACCGCGCCACCCGUUGCAAAGUGGAACGCCUGCAGCUUUUGAUGCAGCAAAAAAGGCUGCGCCGGAAGGCGAGGCGGGACGCCCGAGCCCCUUACCACUGGCUGCCCAAUCGAAAGUCCAGCCGCACCAGCAGCAACAGCAGCGUUUCCAGUGAAGGCAGCCUUGAUCUGGACUUCGAAGAUUCAGUUUGGAAACCCGAAGUCAAAGCGGACAUGAAAUCCGAAUUUGUCGUAGCAUAAAAAAUAAUAAACCUUGGGUAGGGGGAAAUGGCAUCUUUUCGGGGUGGGCAGGGUGGGGCGCAAGGGAGCGUUGGGAAAAAAAAAAAAAGAACUGAAAGACCAUUUAGUAAUAAUUAUUAUUAAUAAUAAUAAUAAUAAUACAUUUUUGGGGUCCGUGAGAGCAAAGUUUUUGGGUGCUUGAUUCUAACACAAGACUGGAUUGAUGUGGAUUGCGUUGAGUGGACCUCGUCUUCAGCUGCACCGAAAUGGAUCAGCCCAGCCUUGGAACAGUAUUUUCUAUUUUCAACAACAACAACAACAAAAAAAACACUGUUCUGCUUUUAUUUUAAGAACUGAAACAGCUUGGGGGGGGCGGGCAAAGCAGGCAAAUGAGAGACAAAAUUCGGAAAGCAAAAUGGCAAACACACUUUUGGGUGGGUGGGGGGGGGGGGCUGACUUUGAUUUCAGAGAGAAGAAUCUUCAAUGGCUGCCUUAGGAAAAAAAAAAAAACGUGUAGAGGGAAAAGCCGAACCCGAUCAUCGAUUGAACGGAAAGAGAAAGAGAGAGAGAGAGAGACGAAGACUUUAACCUCCUGGCUUCCUAAUUUUAUUUUAUCACUGGGGAUCGGAGGGCCAAAGCGGAAGAGGCGAACCCACCAACAGUUUGCGUGGGCUGAAAAGCUGCUUCCUCCCCCACCCAAGCAUUGACAAAGGGGUGUGUGUGUGCGUUUGAAACUGGAGGCAGGGUUGUCUCUGAACGCUUCCUCCUUUUUUUAAAAAGAAAAAAAUAAUUAUUAUUUUUUAUUUGGGUGACUUUUGUGUAACGGGAAGCGCUGUGCAUUCUUCAGACUUAAGGGAGGGCCCCAACGGAGGGUGGGUGGGUCAAAAAAGAAAAAAAAAAGAAAGAAAUGAGGGUGUAUGCUUGGGGUGUGUAUGUGUGCGUGCGUGUCUAUCUGUGUGUGUCUCUUUCCCUUCCUGGAUAUGUAGCAUUUCUGAGUUAUUCUUGACUUGUCCAAUCUCCCCUUAAGACCCCACUGCUCUCCCCUACUCACUUCCAAGGAGAAUAAACCUGGGAGAACGAGACCCCCCCAAAUUUGGGGGAGUUGUGUGUUCUCAAUCGAUGGAGGAGUGAGAGGGAAUAUGGAGUGGGGGACCCAGGGUAAAGGAAUACUGUAUGCCUUCUGUUUGAGGGCUUCCUCUCUUCACGUCGUACAACAUGAAUGCAAGAUACUGCAGGGUUUUUUUUUCUGUGCAUUAAAUGUAAGAGGGGAUCUGAUCUCGCCUGGUUUGUUUUUUUUUUUGCUUUGUUUUAAAGAACCAACAAAGUAUGUUACGAGCUAGGCUGACGGGGAGUAAGAUUUAAAACCUACCAUUGGACAGCUAGAAAGGUGGUUU